UAUAUAACUUCAUAAACCAACUGCUACUACAUCCAUAUGUAACUUCACCAUCCCAUUUGCCAUUUCUGGCUAUCUCAUUCUACUGAGUUAAGAGUAUGAGUAUGUAUCCAACAACACCUGACUCGGUGGAAUAUGCAGCUGAUUAUGAUCAGUAUACAGGGUCUAUCCCAGCUACAGGAGUUCCAAAUCCGAAUCUAAGACGAUCUUAUCCUCCCCAUAUAUUCUCCAUGCAUACUCCUCGUGGUCUAGAAGGAAGAUGGUCUUCUGGUCUCUGCCAUUGCUGUGAUGACCCUGCAACUUGUUUGAUCACUUGCUUUUGCCCUUGCAUCACAUUCGGACAGAUUGCCGAGAUUGUCAGUAAAGGUUCAACAUCUUGUGCUUUACAGGGGGCAUUGUAUGGGCUUUUGCUUGUGACAACAGGGCAUGCUUGCUUGUAUUCCUGCUUCUUCCGCUCAAGAUUGAGGGGUCAAUAUGACUUGCAAGAGUCACCUUGUGUGGAUUGCCUAGUCCACUACUGCUGUGAAACUUGUGCACUUUGUCAAGAGCACAGAGAGCUCAAGCAUCGAGGCUUUGACAUGGGAAUAGGUUGGGAAGCCAAUUUGGAUAGGCAACGACGAGGAGUUACAACGGCUCCAAACGUGGCACAGGGUAUGACAAGAUGACGCCCACCAACCAAUUGUUCUCCCUCUCCAUCAGCGACCAUACAUAUAUAUAUUAGGCCUCCAUGUCCAUAUUAUAGUGGGUGUUUAACCGUGUUUAAACGCAUAUAAAACAUUUAUACGUGUUUAGAUACUGUUAAAAAUUAACCAUAAUGUGAACAUCACAACUAUAAUACUAAAGCUAAUAUAUUGCUAGGCUUGCUGUAUAGCUAGCUGCUGUGCUUGUGCUUGCAAUUCUCUGUGUUUGUUUUGCAAUUUGCAUAUCUAUCUGUUUCUUGUUUGGAGUGUACCAAAAAAUUGAUUAGAUUAGAUGUGUGCCAAAAAAUCUGUUGUAAGGUUGCUUGAAUAUUUCAUGAUUAAUAGA